AUGGAGAAAGAUUUUGUUGUUGUUGAGCAAAACAAAGAGGAUGACGACUUUGUUUUCGCGCGUUCGCGAGAAAAACGGAAACCGAGAGAUAGAUUGUGGUCGUUCCUUUUUACCAUUGUUCUUUCUUCUUCGCUUCUUAUUGGAGGCAUCAAUUACGCGCAUAACAACGCGGGAAGUUCUGGAGAUGAUGUUCCGUCGCCGUCGGAGAUGGAGUUUGGCCAAGCGUGCGAUGGACCUUUGUUUUUAGCGAAGUUGGAAGCGAACAACGCGCGGUAUAAGGUUGCGAAUUCGGUACCUUUACCACCUGGUGGUGGUGGUGCUUCGACGAGCGAAACAACGGCUUUGUUGGGGAAAGGCGCGUAUAGGAGAUUGACGACGACGAAGGAAAACGACGAGGUUUACGAGGAGGAUUUGAUGAAAAGAAGCAGAAGAAGAGAAAGUUUAGGACCGGACGGUCCGGACGCGAGGAGUAGUAGUAGUAAUAGUAGCGAGAGGAAUAGUAUUCGUCGUCGUCGUCCUGAACAACAACAACAACGGAAACAAAAACUCGGAGUGAGCGAGUCGACGAAGAAAAACAACGCGCACUUGGCGGCGAAAGAGAUCAUGUUCAAUUCCGAGCAACCGUUUGACGUGACGGUUGUGAUUAACGCCGCGUUGUGGUGCGCGGGAAUAUCGCUGCUCGUUUCGGUACUCAUGGGCGUGUUCAUCGUGUACAUGUUUCGAACGUGCGCGCAUAAAACAGUUUGGGGGAUUAUUUAUUUCAAGAUUUUCUCGCUCUUUGGAAUGGCGGUGGCGAUGUUGAGCAUAGGAAGCAUGGAAGGGUUCAUCACGUUCGCGUUGAUUGGUUUGUUAACAUGGUUCGUCUAUUGGUUGUGGACGGACGAGUUGAACGUGGUCGCUUCCAUGCUCGCGGUCAGUUCUCAAGCGUUGAAGGAUAACCCGGGCAUUCUUGGUUGCGUGUUGAGCUUGCAAGUUGCCGUGUUAGCGUUUGUGAUACCAGUCGUUGGUUUCGUUUACAUCGCUUUAUUAGGCGGCGCGCCAGACGUCAACCCGAAAGCGAUUUACCAAAACUCCUCGACGUUGGCGUGCGCGGAUUACGUCGGGAGACCGGUGAAUUGUUGCGCAACCACGCCAGGCGCCUGGGUUGCGUGGUACGAAGCGUUGGCCAUCAUUUCGAUCAUCUGGGCGUUCGCGUUCGCUUUAGAAGCGAGGAUGUACAUCAUCGGCGGAACCGUUUGCCAAUGGUAUUUCGCUCCGAGAGGCAGCACUCAGUUUAAAGGCUUCACGUGGACGUCCACAAAGCACGCGUUAGGUCCGUCAUUUGGCACCGUCUCGUUUGGCUCGGCCAUCAUGACCGCGGUUGAAAUGAUGCGCCAAGCCAUGGAACGCGCGAGAGACGAAAACGAACAAAACUUGUUAUUGUGCAUGGUACAAUCGUGCUUAGAGUGCAUAUGGCAAUUCAUCGAGUACCUCUCGAAAUUCGCCAUGCUCCAAGCGUCCAUGACGGGCGAAGCCUUUUGCGACGCGGCGGGUUCCAUUUUCGACUUACUCCAACGCAACUUCCUCUUAGCAUACGGGACCUACGCCUUCCCAUCCAUGAUAUUACAAAUCAUGUCCAUCGUCUUCGCCUUAGUCGCCGCGGCCGGUUCCUUCGCCAUCACCUACGCGAUGUUCGAAAUCCAAGAAGAAAUCAUGGCUACCGGCUACGCGCUCGUCUGCGCUUUAAUCACCGGGUUCGUCGUCUGGUGUUCCUUGAGUUACUUCACCAUGAUUCUCGUCAACACCACCGACGCCGUAUUCGUUUGCUACGCCAAAGACAAAGACAGAAACGAAAUCCACCACGAAGAGAUGCACGCGGUGUUUGAAAACGCCGUGCGAAGGCGACAAGAGGCGAGAGGGGAAAUCGUAAGACAGCCCGCCGGACCGUACGCGUACGGCGCGGGAAAUCCCGUAAACAACGGCGCCAAUAAAUCCUACUACUAA